AUGCUUUCCUCUGCUUCGUCGCGAUUUGGUCUACAGACCUUGGCCAGACGUUUUUGCACUACUGCUGCUACUGUCAGGAAAAUAGAGAACUAUGCUGAUUACGAGGCGUUGAAGCAGACUUCCCACAUGAUGGUUGGAUGGUUCUCAACUAAGUGGUCUACUGGUGCCAAGAUGUUUGAGCCUGAGUUCGAGAAGCUUUCAGCUAGCUAUCCACAAGCUACUUUUUAUAAAGUCGAUAUGGAUGAGGUUCCCACUGCUGCAUAUGAUAUGGAAGUUGUAGACUCUCCGCAAAUCGCAAUUCUUCCGUUGGGGUGGAAGCCGGAUGGAAGCCGUUUCGAUAAGACUGAUCUCAUCUCGGUACGGGCAGAAUUGGGUCGUUAUGAUCGUGUAGUACCAACAGCUAAGGAAGCCUUGGACCAAAUCAAGCUUGGGGAAAAGGAGGACGAGCCUAAGCCGUGGGUGUUCGAUCCAUCAACAGGCACGACCUUGCCGGUUCAUCAGAGCUAUUAA